AUGGAGAACUCAACUCUCUUUAUUUCAUUUGUACUGUCUGCAUAUGAAAACGUAGGACUAUUGAAAUACUUUUAUUUUCCUAUAAUGAUUGUGUUGUACAUUGCAAUAGUCUUAGCCAACACAAUGCUUAUAGUGGUGAUAUCCAUGGAAAGAAAGCUACACCAGCCCAUGUAUCUGUUUCUCUGCAGUUUGUUUGUUAAUGAAUUAUAUGGCAGUGCAGCUAUUUUGCCUUUCUUCAUGGUACAAGUUCUAUCAGACACACAUGUGGUACCUGCUCAUUUUUGUUAUUUACAGAUAUAUAUUAUUUACACUUAUGCAUCAAUUGAAUUCUGUAAUUUAGCUGCCAUGGCAUAUGACAGGUAUGUUUCUAUCUGUUAUCCUUUGCAGUACCAUGUCAUUAUGACCACUAACAGAGUAUUCAUGAUCAUAAUGCUAGUCUGGAUUUACUCUUUCAUUAAAUUCAGCGUCACUUUAUCUUUAAGUUUAAGUUUAACUCUCUGUGGUAAUAUUGUGGAUAAAGUAUAUUGUAAUAACUAUUCAUUAGUCAAACUUGCCUGUUCAGACACAACAGUUAAUAACUACUAUGGACUAUUUGGAACUUUCUUGUCAGUUGCUGUCCCUCUGGUACCCAUUUCCUUCUCCUACAUCAAGAUUUUUUGUAUUUGUUUAAGAUCUUCAAAAGAGACCAGACAGAAAGCCAUCAGCACAUGCACACCACAGCUGGCUUCUCUGAUCAACUUCUCCUUUGGCUGUUUAUUUGAGAUUAUGCAGAGUAGAUUUGACAAGAUUUAUUUCCCAACAGUUUUGCGUAUUAUUUCAUUGUACUUCAUGGUGUGCCAACCACUUUUUAACCCUGUACUAUAUGGAUUGAAUUUGUCAAUAAUCAGACAACAUUGUAAAACUUUUUUGUACACGAAAAUAUGCCAUGCAAGAACAAUUUGA